CCAAGCUUCCCCCCACCUGCCACUCGACUUGGCCGCAAAGCACUUAAACUAGGUCUUGACCCUCACAACUCAACAGAAAAGCCCCGAGAAACGGUGACGAACGGGGGGCGCUUAUCGGACGGGAUGAUUGGAGUGACAAGGCUGGGUCGACCAAGAAGAUCGAGCUGUAGGAAAUGGAGUUGGACAUCUCCUACAGCCUUGAUAAUGCGCAGCAAUUCUGGGAUGAGCUCGAAGAGAUCGUCUCUGCUCAAUGCGACUCCGAAGGUCUUAUCGACAGCGCGCUGCGGACUUACCUGAGCUUUACCACCAGAUAUAAAGAUGAGUACCUCACUUCUGACUACGACAUCUUGCGAUGCUCGUACAAGCUCUUCUCUUCGAGUAUCUUCGCCGCCCACGCGGACUAUGUCCGAAGACAGAUUGUUUAUUGCUUGCUUCAGGAAGAUGACCUUAAUACCCUACACCUAAUUGUCUCCUUCCUUCUCUUCGAUGGCCGCCAGAAUGAGGUUACAUUUCAGAUGAUGAACGAUGAGGGCUCGUUCCCGCGCCUGGUGGAACUCAUACAGCUGCCCAGGAAGGACGAGAACGUUGAACCCGGUCUUCACCGGUUACUCAUGGACCUUUUCUACGAGAUGUCCCGCAUCCAGCGAGUCAAGGUCGAGGAUCUCGUUCAAGUGGACGAUGACUUCGUGAGAUACCUCUUUGAGAUCAUCGAAGAGCUCUCCUACGAUGCCAACGAUCCGUAUCAUUACCCUGUCAUUCGCGUGGUGCUUAUUCUUAAUGAGCAAUUCAUGGUAUCAGAGCACGAUCCGACAGUCGAGUCGGCCAUUGCACACCGUCUGACCAACCGUGUAAUCAAAGUUCUCUCCAUGCAUGGCUACGCUUACAAGACGUUUGGCGAAAACAUCAUUCUUUUGCUCAACAGAGAGGAUGAGACGUCGUUGCAACUCUUGACACUAAAACUCCUCUACCUUAUAUUUACGACUCCACCGACUUACGAGUAUUUCUAUACUAAUGACCUUCGCGUCCUGGUUGACAUUCUUAUACGGAACCUCUUGGAUCUUCCCGAGGAAGCAGCGGCACUGCGGCAUACCUACCUGCGAGUUCUUUAUCCGCUUCUAGCCCACACGCAGUUGAGGUAUCCGCCGUAUUACAAGAGAGAGGAGGUGAGGCGGAUGCUCAGUAUACUUGUCCCUCAAGGCGAUGAGGCAGAUCCUGAGAGGAUACUCCAUUUCAACGAUGUCGACGAUACGACCAAAAGGCUUGUGGCCAGGUGUAGCAAGGUUGAAUGGCUACAGGAUCCGGAGCCGGAGCCGGAGCCGCAGCUCACUGAAUCCCCUACUGCCGUUUCUUCAGACACACAUCGGCCUUCAUUUGUGGAACAAUCCCCCGAGACAGUCGUGGGAGAGCAACUGGAGGCGACAACGUCUGUCGUAUCUACAAACACGGAUCUUAGCUCUACUGCCAAUUCGUCGCCAACGAGGCCGGUUGAGAGAACUCCGUCAGACACGAGCUCAAUUGCGGGUUUCAAGCUGGGAGUGCCUUCUGGACCUUAUCUAGAGGCAUCUCGUUCAUCUUCACUUAGUGCCGUGGAGGUUGCAAUGCACCAGGAACAGCCUGGUGUCAUCACGCCAAGUGUCAAGGAUGCUCUGACUGGUGGAAGCCUUGCGGCACAAGGCGCCUCACUCAAGCCUAAAAUCAAACCAGAACCACCCAUGGCGAGGCGGUCGCGUGGUAGACGCCCCCGGGAUGAAAAUGACAGCGGCUGCAGGACUCCAGGAGGUGUAGACUUGAGUGGUUACGAACUGAGGAAACCAUCUGUUGGAGAACAUAAUGCAACUCCGCUCCCACCUCCCGCACGUCGAUCAGCUUCACAUCCUCCGCCUGCUGUGCCUCCGCCACGACGGUCAUCCCAUUCUGUCCAUCCGCAUACCCCGACUUCAAGCAAUGGAUCUCUUCCGAUUGUAGCGGGUAUGGCAGUGAGUCCACACAGACACGGCCAGAAGCCUGAACCGCCAAAGACACGCCGAUCUGGACGUACAAAACAUCUCCAGCCCGAAAUGCCUGUAGAGGAGCCAAAACCAGAAUUGGAAUCGAAGGACCCGAUCGUGAUCAUUUCUACGCAGUCGGGAGAGGUCCAAGAAUCGCCUGUCAGCAUCGAAGAGGUCAUGCAGAAGGUCAGCAUCGGAUAAACCGCACAGUAUCGUAUGGCAUGUACAGUAUAUAAGUAAUAAAUAACAUUGAGCAUGGUAUAAAC